UGCUUUUAGCUUAUCUGUGUGGUUCUUGUGUUCAGGGCUACAUGUGUAGACUUCCCUAACCCUAGGGCGGACGUGAGCAACGUGUCAAGCAGAGGAGAGUAAAGAAAAUAUUGUCUUUUCUAGUGGGCUGUUGUUGGAUACCUUCACAGGUGGGUGACACGAUUGCACAACACUAGUGAGGCCAGCGCGGCGUGUGAAACAGAACUGUGCCGACUGACUACAUGGCUCGUUCCAUGGUUCGUUAGCUGCAACACUGUGCCACUUGGAGGUAAACAUAUCUACCUGUAACUGAUGACUGUUUUCAAAUUGUGCUAGUGGCUCUUUCCGGAUUGAUGUGUUAGUUACGAGCGGAUUUUGCGAAUGAGCAGAAAAUGAGCAAGGCAAGUUUAGCGAAGAGGGCAAGUCGGAACGACUUGGUCGGCGGAGGCGGCGGCGGUGCCAGCUCGGGCAAGGCGAAGCAGUUGACCCGCCGACAGCCGUCGCUGGCCUCCGUGGGCCGCCGAGACACCAGCAGUAGUUUCGGCACUGUUAAAGAUGAGGCGGCGAAGGUGGACAGUCGUCAGCUGUACCAGCAACAGGAGAUAGACAGGGGGGAGAUACACAUGACCAUCGCGGGGGUAUCCGGAGCGGGGAAGACCUCGCAAGAGCCCGCGCCGCCCUCACCAGUCAACCUCCGCAGCCUCAUGGUCACCAAGCGCCUGGCCAUGAACUUCAAGCGGGUGGCGGCGCAGCGGGUGGCCGAUAAGAAAGGUGCGAGCUACCUGGCCCACACGGACCGGCCGUGGAGACCACAACACCCGCGCCCGCCGGAGGAAGACGAGCCUGAGCAAGAACACACCUACCAACUCGGCCCCGUCUCUAAAUUCUUUACGGGACGAGCCGAGAAGGCCCUGUCAGAACUGUUAGAGGAGAGGCUGUGUGAUUAUACAUACAACUCCGGUACGGCCGGACUGACUACCAAGAACUUAUGUGAGGAGGCAAAGAAGAGGAUGAAGGAAUUUCUCCCACCCAGAUAUAAACUCAUCAGCGUGGCAAACAUCGGGGAGCGCCAGUGCCAGGACAUACGGGUGGCGUCGCGCUGUGCCUGGGACCCGAGUGUCGACACCUUCGCGUCCGCGACGUUUGAAAACGGCAGCGUCUUCUGCGUGGCAACGGUGUACGCCGUGUACAUGGAAUAGUACACAUAUCCUGGAACAAAAGGCUCGCGAUGCACAUGACUGACAUGUUCUCCUAAAUAUGUUUUCCAAAACGCCUCUUAAGUGCGUUGUUUGCCCCAUACAAAUGGCCAGUGGACUUAUCGCGGCAUCAGGGCCUUUUAGGCAACCGUCAACAAACAGGCGAGGCGGGACAAUACCCGGGAUUUGUCCCGCCUUGACUUCACCAUUGCUGACCGGGACAACAUGAAUGUCGGAUCGGCAGAAGCCAAGUGAACACCGUGACAACACUUCAAGGUGUGUGACAAGAAAAACUCUGAGCAUGAUUGAUCGUACACGUACACGAAAACAUCGCCACAUACCUUCGCUUCUAUAGAACACUAUUAUUGCAGUAUUGCUUAGACAGGCUCCUGUAUAAAGCUAGCACAGUAAAUCAGUUCAGGGUCAUGUACAUGUGCAGCUACAUAGAAGUCAAAUUCACGGUCACUGGCGUUAACACAGUACAGUUAUGUUUCUACAGGUGUUAUAUGUGUACCAUGUAGCAACUAUACAAGUCUGACACACAGGCUCUUAGUAGUAACAGUUGAAAGGAUUAGGGGAUUUGUUGAAAGCCCUUCACUCAGAAAAAAAUUGUUAACUCUAAUACCUACCGUAUCACUGUCUUACUUAUAAUGGGGUUUAGAAGUUAGACGUCAGAGCAUAUAAAGUCCUUCCGAGGUAAGCUGACACGUGUGGCUUCGUCUUUGUGUAAGUAUUCUCUUUUGUGCUGGAAAAAUAUUUGUAGUGGUAACUGUUGAUUCAAACGCGGCGUGCCUACAGUGGGGGCAGGAAGCCGGAGCUAGGCAGCUCGAUACUAUGUGAAGGUGUCCAAUAACUGUCAAGACUCAAUUCAAGAGCUUCAAAACCAUUUAGAGACACAGAAGUAGACAUAGAUCACAGGGACCGACUCGGAGAGGGCUGUAUUUGUACUGGAAAAGUGCACUUCAUGUAUCCGCAAUCGUUUUCGGGCAUUGAUUUAACGUUGUUGUCUUAAGAGAGAGACGUCUGUAACUUGACUGGCGUAUUUGUCAGACUUGAGAAGGUGAAGUCGGGAAAAGUAAGGGGGAAGCACGUAGAGUGGAGACAGGCGUCACACACGGACAGCUGCGCCUGUGGACAGCACGGUCACCGCUGAUUACUAAAGGGGAGGUGCCGACAACUUGUCAUCGGUGAAACACACACGUCAAGAAAAAGGACUCCGUGACAGACAGGACAACUUGAAGCAGGAUUUAAUAUAUAUGUGUAUAUAUAUUAUAUGGACAGUUUUAUAACGUACAAUUUAUCAAUUUUAUAUAUGGCAACAACAAACAUUUUGCAACAGUUUUACGUACCAUUGUUGAGAUCAUAGAGGCAGGCUUGGUAAAUUGUAUUAGGAAUAAAACAUUGGUAUAUUAGUAAAGGAUAAGUCUGUUGAUUCAACAUACUAAAUAGUGAACAGUCGGUAGUUGAGAUUUGGUGCUGUGUGGGACGAAAUGGCGAAACUCAUUCUUUGCUAGAACUACCGCAGAGUGGAACUCGCUGUCACUAUAAGUACAAUAGGGGCAUUAUCACUAGAUAGCUUUAAACAAUGUUCAAGAU